GAUUCUGUUACAGCGCAACUGACCCAUUCUCAGGAUUGCUAGUCAGUGUUCCCCAUGUAUGUGAAGAAUAUUUAGUGAACAUUUCAGGCAAUUAUGUUACUUUAGUUUUUUUUAAAAAUAAAUUGAAGGGGGGGGGUUUAAAAUUCUGCCCCAAGAUAUGCAUUUUUGCAAUUUCAUCUUCAUCAUAAAAUAUUCAUUGGCUGGUGUCGAACGACUUCGCUAAAGAUGGGAUGUUAAUCACAGUACUUUUUCAUGGUAAUAUCUAAGAAAAUCGACACCUGCGGGCCGACUUUUUAAAGCAGCUUGAUAAGACACCGCAUGCGAUGUCUUGCGUAUGGUUGCUGACAUAGUUUGUGUAAUCCAGUGGCGUGGCGUGAAUGAUCGAUUAUAGAUAUUUCCCCAUUUGAAGCUAUAGUAAAGAAUCGAUUACUAAGGUAUUCGCUGCGAACCCCCUGAUAAUCGAUCUUUUUCCAUAGGUUUGAGUGGCGUAUCAAUCGAUAUAUCGCAAAGCACGCUACGCCACUGGUGUAAUCGGGCCGCAGAGUUCAUAGAAAAGCUCGCUCUCCCAUUUUUAACGGAGCAUUAAUGUAAACUAUGCCUUUGGUGUUACCAAAUUGAAAUAUUUCCCUCCAAAUCGGAAGACAUGUUACGCACGUAACUUAUUCUAAUGCAAAUUUUGUCGUUUUCACUUCUCAACUCUCUAACACUGUCAUUUCAUUUUAGGUCUAUGUUGACACUGAGGCAGAAAAUCCCCGAUUACAUUUUUGACAACAAGUAUCAGUCCAUUACAGAGUUGCAUCUAAGCACUGUCAAGGUUUCUGUCUCAGAUAUUCAAAAAUUAUUUACCUCCUUCCCGAAGCUCAAAUAUUUACGUCACUAUCAGUUGACAGCCGCGCUGUACGAACUGCAUGUUGAAGAUUGGAAACAAAAUCUUCCGUUGCCUGCUUAUAAAUUGAAAAAUUUAGAUGCGGACUUUUCUUAUGUGGUUCGUAGCCAGUGGACUCCUCGAAGAAGUCUACCGGUUGAUGCAUUUCAGUUAGCAACUAUAUUAUGCCCAGAUACCAACGUUGCAAAAAUACGAUUUGACUGUUCAACUAAUCAUGACUCGAUCUCUCCUCUUAUAAAUCUAAAAAAACUGAAAGAAUUGAGUUUGGUACGGGUCACUGAUGGCGAGCGCUGUUUACUAGACUUUACAGACAUAACCUUACUCCUUCAGAAGCAUGGAAAGCAUCUCAUAAUGUUGGAGCUGAAAGUGAUUGAAGAAGUUGAUACUCAUGUGAUACUUGAAUCCUGUUCACGUUUGGAAGUGCUAAUUCUGAGCGGUUGCAGCUACAGAUUCCCGGAGCCAACUUGCGAAACCUCUUGUUUAACAUUAGAUUCCUCCUCGGAAUUUUUAACCAGACUACAAUAUUUCUUCUAUGCCGAUGGAGAUGACUUUAGCUCUGACCAUAGCUUGCCCCAAUGUUUUUGGAAAAGCCUUCUUACUCCAGACAGAUCGUGUAAAAAUGGACGGAAAAAACUACGAGGCCUAUUUCUCGAAGCCCCGCGCAUUUCAGAACUCACCGCUGGGGAAAUUUUCCAAUCGGAUCAUAUUUUACCGGACUUGCAAGUGCUCAGCAUCUGUCGCUACUCAGAAUUGCUCUUUGAGCAACUUGUUUCGCUUAUGAGUCCAGAAUUGGUGUAUUUGAAAAUAGGGCAGUGCGAUCAGUUUUCUACCGCGCAGAUCAAAAGAUUGAAAAAUUUAAUUUCCAGCAAAAAUAUUUCAUUUUUCUACGAGAAGUAAGAGCACUUGUCAAAGUGUCAAAGUAAAAAAAAAAAAACAUAUGUCUACGAGGAAGAAACUAAUGGUACUUACGUUGUUUUCAAGCUAAACCAGAAAUUGUAGUUCCUAAUUGCGGAACGUAGUCCAUAUGUUAGUCGUUACUCGUUUGUGUUACUAUGUUUAAGAUGAGAUUGAAUUAAGUAGGGGCAAAUACAGAAGGUCCCUCCCAGUUUGCAGGUUGUGCUAUCAUACUUUUUUAGAGGUAUAAAUUAUCAUGUUAAAAAUUCAUGUUGGUCCUGAAUUGCAGCUUUUGGUCAUGGCCUCUGGCCAUUUUUCAAACCUUAACAUUUCUUUGUAAUAGGCCACUAGCGAAGGUCUGAAUCAGAAGAAAACGUUACAUUUUCUCUUUUCAAGAUUGUAUGUCGUAAUCGAUUCACACAACAGGAAGUUCGGAAAUUAACGCCUGAGCGAGGUAUUAACAAGUCUUUCUAACACGGAUCAAAUGGGAGUUAGAUUAUACAAAUGACGUCGUUUGUAUUUUUGCCACUAAACGAAUGUUAAUUGAAAACACUUAUAUCUUGUUAAGGAGUUGCUUUCCAGACUUUCCGUCGUGUGAUUCGUUUUUCACGUGAUGUUUUGAAGUGAAAGCAAGUCGCGCCGUGCUUUAAUUCAUACCUUGUCUAGAGAUCCAUUGAAAAUUGUAUGUAUGAUAAGAAAUAGAAUAGCAUGCGAUAAAUACAAAAAAUGACAUGUUAUGUCGUGAUCUUUUAUGUUGAAAUGAUUCCUGAAGAGUAAAUAUACAAUAACGAACAACUGUAACAAUUGUGAAGCAAUUUAUUAUUUGUAUGUUGGUUGGUUGUGUGGGAACUGUCAAACGUGUGUAGACCAAUGCAUUAUAUGUGUUGCACUUAAAUCACAAGUCAUCACGUUUCAAAUUUAUUUCCUUAACUUGUUUUUAUAUUGUCAUUGAAACUGUAAAACGGUAAAAAUACAUUCAGCUUGCAAAACUC